AUGGCGCUGGCCGCCGCGGCCGCCGCCGCCGCCGCCGGGGUGAGCCAGGCGGCGGUGCUGGGCUUCCUGCAGGAGCACGGCGGCAAGGUGCGCAACUCGGAUCUGCUGAGCCGCUUCAAGCCCCUGCUGGAUGCGGGCGACCCACACGGCCGCGCCGCCCGCAGGCACCGCUUCAAGCAGUUUGUCAACGACGUGGCGGUGGUGAAGGAGCUCGACGGCGUCAAGUUCGUGGUGCUGAAGAAGCAGCUGCGGCCCCGGGAGGCACCAGAGCCCCUGCCCUCGUGCGUCCCCGGCACGCCCGGGGCACCAGCGCUGCCGUCGAAGAUCACCUCCGUCUCACCGGGAGAACCGGCCGGCCCGGGGGCUCCAUCCCUGGCCGCGGCGCAGCAGCCGGUGGAACCACGGGAGGACCCGGCCCGGCCGUUGGAGCCACAGGACACGCCCGGGGCUCCGGCCCCUGAGCCCACUCAGCCGACCGGGGAGCUGUUGUCAGGUCCGGCCUUACAGUCAGGGGGGCCCUCCGACCCCCAGAUUCCAGCCUUUGAGCUAGCCCUGCCCCCCGAGCGACUCUCGGCAGACGUGGCCCCGCCGUCCAGGUCGCCGUCGGUGGAGGCCUUGCCCCAGGCAGAGGCGCCAGCCCCGGAACCUGGGCGUGGGGCGACCAAAGAAGCGCCUCCAUCCCCUCGGCAAGCGCCGCCGCCGAAGCCCUGCAUGCUGCCCGUGCGCUGCGUCCCGGGCCCCGCCGCGCUCCGGCUCCGGGCCGAGGAGCAGGGCCUGCGCCGGCAGCUGUCGGAAGAGCCCAGCCCGCGGAGCUCCCCGCUGAUGCUGCGGCGGCUGUCGGUGGAAGAGUCUGGCCUGGGCCUCAGCCUGGGCCCCAGCCUGGGCCCGGGCCGCUCCCCGCACCUGAGGCGCCUGUCGCGCGCAGGCCCGCGCCUGCUGAUUGAUUUAGAGCUCUCUGUUAAUGAGCUCUUGGAACCACUGACUGGGAAGUUGGAUAAGUUGCACGAGUGGCUGGUGCGGGCGGCUGGGGGCUGCUGGACGCACCAGCUGCACGGGCUGCUGCUGCGCGACAGCGGCCUGGCGGCCAAGCGCGACUUCAUAUCUGGCUUCACGGCCCUGCACUGGGCCGCCAAGAGCGGCGACCGCGAGAUGGCGCUGCAGCUGGUGGAGGUCGCGCGGCGCGGGGGCGCGCCGGUGGACGUGAACGCGCGCUCGCACGGCGGCUACACGCCGCUGCACCUGGCGGCUCUGCACGGCCACGAGGACGCCGCCGUGCUGCUGGUGGUGAGCCUGGGCGCGCAGGUGCACGUGCGUGACCACAGCGGGCGGCGCGCCUACCAGUACCUGCCGCCCAGCGCCUCGUACGCGCUUCGCCGCCUCCUCGGCGACCCCUGCCUUCGAGGCUCUCCCGAGGCCGACGCCACCGGGGCUGGUGGGGGCACUUUUGCGGCCCGGCGCCCAGUGCAGGUGGCCGCCACCAUCCUCAGUUCCACCACCAGCGCGUUCCUGGGUGUCCUGGCCGACGACCUGAUGCUCCAAGACCUGGCUCGAGGCAUGAGGAAGUCGGGCUCCUUUAACAAGUUCUUGGGUGCCUCGCCCAUGGCUCCACGUAAAAAGACUAAGACCCGCAGUGGCCUGCCGGCUUUUUCAGAGAUCGCUCGUCGACCUACUCCGGGGCCCUUGGCUGGUCUGGUGCCCAGCCUGCCCCCUACAACCUGACGGCCCCUUGAAGCCCAGCUUGGUUGAUGCAACCCGGCCUGCCCCUCACAGUCUAAGCCUGCCCAAAACAGCGGCUCAACACCUCUGGCUCCAUCCUGUUUCCAGCUUUGUCCACUGAAGCCUACUGACUUAUAGUUUCAGAAAGUCUUGCCUGCCCCGGUGGGCCUACGCCUCUGGCUUUCUAGCUUCUGCCUGAAGCUUGACCUGUCUCUGGAGAUGGGAGUCAAGAUCUCAGUGAGAGCGUCUACAAAGAACUCCAGAGAUCAGGCUUGAACACUGGAGACUCGAAUUUUAGGAUCAAAGUUAACCCGAAGCCUCUGCAUCUACACGCUCCCAAGCCACAACUAGAGCAAGGAUCUCUUUAAAAAAUGUUGUGUGCUGCUGGAUUGUUUGUCAGCUUUAAGAUACCUGGUGGUUUUGUAAUUUGAUGCUUUUAUCCUGUUUUUAAAUUAAAAUGAGGUAAAACAACUUUCAUAAUAACCUUUUGAAAUUAUAUUUUUCCAUUUUUAGGCAAAAUGCUCAUUUUCAGUCUUUUGCUAAGUAUUUUGGAAUUCUGUUUAAAGAAAAAACAGAUGAUCAAGAUCUAAAGGAAAUUAGUCCCAACCAACAAAACCCUUAAAGGUUUAUCUACCUCAUUUUAGGAGCUCAAGGUUCUAGAGACUUGAACACAGAAUGUAACCAUUGUGAAUGUAAUUAAUUUCAAUUGUACUGUGAAUGCUCAAUAUUAGGAAACAAGUGCAUCUUGGGAGUAAGAAUGAUUUAACAGAGAAAAGAGACAUUUUGGCAAAUACUUUUAAUUUCUGGUGGUCUUUAUGAUGAAAUAUAAACAGUGUCUCCGGCACUGGUGGGUGAUUAUUUUGAUUUGGCAUGAAUAUUUAAUUUUUUAAGUGUGAUUUAUUUGUGAAUGCACCAUUGUGCCAUGUUUUGGAAUCUGGUUUUCCGGUCUGGCUGAGCCUUUCAAUGCAGUAGGUAAAUAUUCAAAGAAAAACAUGUCAUAGCAUUAUACCAGAAAAAUAAGUGGUUAAGUGGAUACACUUAAACAGCAACUAUUUUAUAUGUAAAUUCUAUUCUAUAGAAACAAAAAGUAUGUUAUAUCCACCUUUAAAAGCCAUCUGAAAGCAAACAACUUACAGCAAAUGCAGAAUUCUUUGCUCAGUGACCUUAGAAGGAUGGCUUAACUUCUCUGGACCUUUGUUCCAAUCUGUAAUUGAGAAGGUUUGUAGCUAUUUACCAAGAGGUCCCAGGUUCAACACAUUGUAACUAUAAUGGCUCUUUUUCUGUUUUAAAAAUGGGGACUCUAUUUGCUCAACCAGGCUUUUUAAAAUAUCAUAUUGUGUUAAUGCUCUGUUUUUGCAAAUUAUGUUUGCAUGUCAUUAGUUAUAUCAAAUAGUUUUGUGGCACAAGAGGAGUAUGGCUUCUCUCUCUCUCUCUCCCUCUCUCUCUCUCUCUAUAUAUAUAUACCAGUGAGGCCUCUGACAUUAUUUAAGGCCAUCCUUAAUGGAAUGUUUUGAUUUAAGCAAUGAAAUAAACAAGUCUCCCAUUUUG